CAAUGCCACAUCGCUGUUGUCGCUCUCCGCACGGAAUCGUGUUUCCAUCGACGGAUCUUCGUCGAUUACGGCUGUGAAAAAUUACGCGACGUUCGCGUGUCAUGAGAGUACGUUGUUCCGUGGCUGGACACUGUGAGAAACGGCGCGGCGGGGAAACGUGGCGGCGUAGAGAACGAAAAUCGCGAACCGCGAGGAAACGGAGAGGCAUGGAGAGGUUCGAGGAAAAGAGUGUCGACUGGCGUUGCGAGGAUCGAUCGUGUGUACGAGACACGCUCGUCGACAGCUCGUAAAAAGGAUCACGUUGAACGGCGAGGGAUCGUAAAGUCGCGAGUGCGAGAAAUGUGCGACGAAAGUGACAGGUUAAGUUUCGAACAGGGGACGCUUGCCUCCAAACAACACUCCUCGGUCGAUAACGCGCGAGAAAUCGAUCGUUUGCGAAGGGCGCGAGUUUCGCGGGUUUUUUUUUGUUUUUUUUUUUUGUCGACUCGUCGACUGUGAUUUGAAAGAAUGUUUUGAUUAGUAAAAGACGACAAGAAACGGUGAACUGUUUCUCGAUGUGAUCGUACGUUCGUCGAUAUGUAUUUUAAGUGGGAAAAAGUUCAGACUCCGAAGGCAAUUUAAGAAUCAUCGACACAAUAUAAAUAUCACGAACUGAUAUCGGUUAGAGAUUAUAAGGGAGUCGAAUUACAUUAACGAAGCCAAGGAAAUGAAUAACGUCGAUGUAAAUAUAGACGGGGGAAUCGUCGUUUUGUCAGAAAGUCGAUAAACGUCGCGGAGUCGUAAAUGGAACAUUCGACAUACAGCUUUAUGGAGCCAAAGAAGUGCCUUGGAGGGUCUCGAGGGACUAAAGUCUUUGCCAAAGAGAUAAGAAGAUAAUAUAUUUUUACAGUGUAGAUAAAUUUUAUUGAUCAAAGUUAAAAAAUUCCGAAAUACCGAAAUACCGGCCUGGACAAUUUAAUCGGUUUUUAAAUCGAGUUCCCCCGCGUGGUUGGUCGAAAGUUCGAAACACGGAACAGAGAGUUGGCUUGUAAACGAAAAGGCUGCUCCCGAUGAAAUUUCGCAAAACGUCCAGGUCCAGCCCAAAGAUGGAAUUGCUCUCGAGGCGGUCGUCGGGCGACCGGAUGUCGACGCUGAAGAGAUCGAGGUCCUUCCGGGCGUCGUUGAAGCUCAUGUCGAAGCUGCGUAGCCGCGCCACCCUGCGUUUGAACGCCGGUUUCGAUUUGUCGCCGACGUCCGUGCGGGACCAACGAGCCGCGAAACGCGCGACCAAGUUGCCGCAGCUCGACGAGUCCUCGAGUCCUUUGCGGAGGGACGAGAAACGGGAAACGAACGACGAGAAGGACAUGCUCUCGUUGAACGAGCUGGAGUCCCGAGGAAUCAGCAAAGAGCUGAAGAGCAAGCUGUGCCUCACCGACAGGAUCAUGAGAAAGAACCGCAAGGACACGGAGAAACCGAAGAGGAGCGACGAUCCUCCGACGUCGACGAACGUGUUUCGUUGGCGGAACAACGCGUCGGAGUCCUACGAGAAAAAGGAUCCCACGCCUAGUCUGUUCUACGAGAAUCCCACCUUCUGUCUGGACAGCUCCCUGGACACUUCCAUGUCGAGUUUCCUGUUCGAGGACUGCGAUCGCGACGCGAAGGGGGCGAAAAUCGACUCGCCAGUGGAGAAAUCGUCCCAGGAUCCUGGAUUGACGCUGGUGGUGGACUCCAGAGGAUCCUGCGAACGGAACUGUCGUUGCGUUCGUAGCAGCGAGGUCUUCGAAACGGAGUCCCCCUGCGACAGAAACGCUUCUUGCUCGUUGAUCGUCGCCACCAAGGCGAGAAGCCUGUCCGUGAACGACGUGGUCCUGCAGGACGAAGAGAGGGCAGCGAGCUUGGACUCGAUCGUCAAUGACCUGACCGGUUUCGAUCGUCGUAGCUGCAGGGACGAGAAGCUGCCCAAGGAACGAGAGUCCCCGGAUCUGAUCAGGAAAACGUCCGUUUGCUCGUCCAAGUCCUGCAGGAUCAGGACGGUGAACAAUAUCGCGAGCUUGUGGGCGAACGCGCGCGGCGGUAGCUUCCGGAGCAAGGCGUCUGUCGGAAGAAAGAAGUCCAUCAAGGACUCGAGGGACAACGAAUCCGUUGGGCAGAACAGGGUCCUAGUGACGACCACUUCCGGCUCAAAGUUGUACUCUUUGCAAGGGAUGGAGUUCCUGGAAGGAUUCGGGAAGAAAAAGCAGCAGCCACAUCAACAAGCGAACAACAUUGCGUCGGUGCAUAUCAAUCCUUUGUCAGCACAGUCCCUCAACAUACACCUGCAUGCCCUCUUCGCGGCUGUGGAACAUGGCCACCUGGACAAAGCUAGAUCCAUUUUGGAGUCGACUGACGUGGACGUGAACAGCGUGAACAGCGACGGCCUCUCAGCUCUGGAUGUCGCGGUUCUCAGCAACAAUAGGCCGCUUGCAAAAAUGCUGGUCGCGUUCGGUGCACAAGAGGGUAAUCAGUUCAAAUCUCCGGAAUCCCUGGGCAGCCAUUUGGCCUCGUUGCUGUCGGAAGCGGAGCACAGAGUCCAAGAGCUGGGUGGCAGUACUUCCGGUAGCGGCGGCACCACCCUUCUGGAGCCGCCGACCAGCCACAGGUCAAGUUUCUCGUCCCAGCACAACAAUCUCACGGGAUGCGGCGGUAGCGCGGAGGACAAGCAGCUGGCCCUGUGGGAAAGGAGAGCCAGAGCACUCAGGAAGAUGUUGCUCGGGUUCGAUCAAGCGAGACCGCCCGAUAUACCGUUCCUGGUCGCGGUGGACGUCACGGGCACGAACUCUGUCACGGUGAGAUUCCAGGAGCCGGAUUCCCACGACUCGCCCAUCUGCACCAAGUUCAAGGUCCAGUGGAGCGUCAAGGACGACUUCUCGGUGAUCUGCGGCGAGAGAGAGGUCCUGGACAUGAAACAGAGGGAGUGCAGAAUCGACGAUCUGAUCCAGGGACAGAAGUACCAUUUUCGAGCGGCCGCUGGGAACCUGAAGGGCUACAGCAGGUUCAGGAACUCCACGCCUGCUCACGUUACUCCUAGCAGUUGGAGGGACAUCGACGGCAGGGUGCCAAGGUUCGCGGGUCGAUUGGAGCAAUUAAAUACUCUGUUCACGGACAUAAGACGGCCGGAGUACACGCAAGAAACGCCGGCGGUACAGAGGCGUAACCAUAAGAAGAAAACGACGAUAAAGCAGCUGUUCACGGCGACGAGUAAAUUUCAAAAGAAUCUCAGGCGCGGUGUGUUCCUCGCCUGUCUGCUCUAUCACGAGGACAAGGUGCUCGUGACGAACGAGGAUUUCCUGCCCGUGAUCGAGGUAGACGAGACUUACCCUAGCUGUAUUUACAACGAUUUCCAUUGGCUGAUGAAAGUGGCCUGCACUUGGGACGACGUGAAGACUCUCCGCCAGGACAUGGAGAAGAGCCACAGCAGCUCGACGAACCACUUCAGGAUAAAGCUGUUGCAAGCUGCUGCGCAAAUGCAGGCAGCACUGUGCAUACAGGACCUCGGGCAACUGUACCAUAAACCUGUUCGAGACAUCCAGGGCACCCUAGUAUUCUCCACGGUAAAUUACAUAAAAUCCCCAAAGUUGAUCUCAGUAUUGAACAGCAGAUGGCUGCCACUCAGCAAAGUGACGAAAAAGGUAAUUACUCACGAGGACAGCAACGUGGCGGACAUCUUGAUAGCCAGUAUACAGGAACAGAUGACCUAUCACCAAGUCAGCAGUAUUAAACUAUCGAAGGGGCUGUACCUUGGUUACAUAAAGAUGCAAAGUAGCGUAGAUCUGAUCCAGGUCGUGGUACCAGCAAAGUCGCCUAACGUUUUACCUCACUGCAAGAUCCGCGACAAUCCGCACGUAUCCGCCGAAGAGUGGGAUUAUCUGAAAAGGAUAACACGUAUUCACGCUUCGGACGUUUCGGCCAAGGACUCCGAGGAGAAGGAGAACGUAACGAACGAGUCGCAAGGUACGGAGCAACAAAAGCUGUUCGUGGAUCUCGUCGCUGCUACCGCGAGACGAUUGUUCAAUUAUAUGGAGAUCAGCCCCGAGGAUUCCCUGUGUCAUCGACUGUACGACGCCGAGGUGAUCGAUCUGACCCACGACGUGUCCUUCCUGAUCGCCGUGCCUCCAGCGGAGACCGCUUGUUGCGUACCUGGAACCAGAGAAAUCCUUCUGCAAAGGGGCGAUCUUCUAUCGUUGCCCAUUCAAGUGUUCGAGAUGGUGCACUUGAACACGUAUCAGAAGGACGUAAUCAAUAGAUACUCGAGGCUAAGUUGCAUCCUGGAACUGGACACGGCGCAAGCUCAGCACAGCCACCGCGAAGCUUUCAGUUCUCUGGAGCUGAGCGUGGCGAAGGACAAGCUGGCCAGAUUGCAGGAUCUUCAGUCGCAGGUAAACACCGUGUGGAAAGGCGCUAGAUGGCUCAUAGAUGUGAUCACGUUCGCGAGGGAUCGCGGAUCGUCGCAACAAACCGGUACCUCGCAGGCGCUCGGAAUUUCGAUGAAGCACCUGCUCAGUCUCGACAGGAACAAAAGCAACAAUAACAGCAACAGCCUAAAGAGGAGUUUGUUGCAAUUGCCGCCGCGCGAUCCGAAGCUCGUCAAGUCCAGUCCAGGACGUGGCAGCUGGCCGGGACCGAACGUGACCAAUUCCUCGUCGAAUCUGCUCACGACGGAGUUCAGCAAAAGCGAGCAACAGUUGCCCAGCGGGCAGUACAUACGCAAAGGCAGCAACACCUCGAACGUUUCGACCGGCUCGGAACCCCCAAAGUCCUGUAUACCGAUAAGCAGCACCAGCAAUCUAAGCAGCGCGACCAGCGCCAGCAGUAACAACCAUCUGGUACCGUUGCAGAACACGAGGCUGCCGCCGUCCAAAUCCGAGGACACGUUGAUUCUAACGAAAUACAAACACAGUCCCCGAAACAGGUCAGCGACGAUCACGUCCGCGUCGGCUAGUAGCAGCCCGUUGCUCAGCAUAAAGCCCAUCAUUUAUGGCGGCUCGCUUUUGAGCGUGUCGACGGGCAUGACGAACGCUACUAGCCUCCUCAGCGUCAGUAACACCAACUCCGACAGUUUGCACUCUUUGAGUAGCGACGAAUACUCCACCCCCAAUUCGACCGCCUGCAUCAAAGCUGUACACACCAAAGGGAAAUCAACCAAGCCUACCGCCAGUGUCGCGGCCAUGGCGACCGGGACGCUGGAGAGCCAGCUGGAGGAGGAGAAGAACGAGACCACGAUGAUGCCAGCACCUCCGCCUGGCAUUCUCCAGGUUUACGCGGCCUACGAGACUGGCCUGGCAUCCGGUACCAGUCUGAAAUUACACGUCACGCCGAGGACCACGGCCAGAGAGGUGGUGAAUCUGGUCGUGAAGCAGCUGAACAUGGCGAUGGUCCUCAAGGGCCAGGAGGGUCCCAUCUACACGUCCGACGAGCUGCCGAAUUUCUGUUUGGUAGCGGUGAUCGGCGCCAGGGAACGUUGCCUCAGGGACGACUUCAAGCUGCUGCAGCUACAGAAUCCCUGGAAAAAGGGCAGACUUUACGUGAGACAGAAGCAGGACGUGCUCGCGGCUCUCGAGCACAGCAGCAAGCACACCGCAUAUUUAUAGCAUAAGUAAACAACAAAAAAAUGAAAACAAAAAGA